AUGGGCAUCAAGCCUAGCAAACACAGUGAAAGCAAUGAAAAUAAUAAUAACAAACAUGACUCAACAAAAAGCAAGAAAAAGCGAAAAUGGUUCGCGUUUUCCAUUAAAAAACAAGAAAAUAAAAUUUUGCAUGAAAAAAUCCGUGAAUCGCAACGACGUCGCAGUAAACGACGACGAAAAUUGGAACCGUGUCAGCCAACGGAAGCGCCAAAAGUGCUCGCACCAAAACCAGGCACCUUCAAUUUUCAAGACCUGGAAAAGCAUUUAAUUGAACGAAUAAAAUUGCAAUUGCAACGCGACUGUCAAGCAUUCAUGCUGAAUCAACAGCUGUUAUCAAUGCAGUUUUACGGAAAUUAUCAAAGAGAACGUGACGAUGCCUUUGAAGAAGCACUGAAAAAAGAAGAAGAAACAUCGAUAAAAAUGGCAAAACAUUCAAAAUCCGUGCUGAUAAUGGACUCAAUCCAAAUUGCAGCAGACAAAAAAGUGAAAUACCAAGCAAGUUUUGGUCCCAUCAAAGGACAACUUUUGACAUUGGACACUCAAAGUAUCUACAUCGUGUGCAACAACAUCGACGUGACACGUGCCGAUGAGACCGAUACUCUUUACGGCACGCUGCCAGACCCAUCGUCAUACAAGAUGAUCAUGGAAGACCACAUGGACCAAGUUCGCUUCCGCCAUCGCCAAAUCUCGUAUCGAGGUUAUGUGAAGUUGCGCAGCGUGGAUUUCUACGACAAAGUUGUGCGCGAAGAGAGAAGUAGUGAUCUCGGGGGUAGUUUAAGCAACGAACAAGUCACGAUGACACCACCAACUGUCGCCGUGGAUGACGUCGAUGGUCCCGUGACAAAAUUACAUGAAGACGAAUGUGACGAGCGAUUCGAAUGUGAGUCGAUUUAUCACACAGUCGAUGCGAAAAACGUGAAAAAUAUCCAAGAAACGGACGGAAAACCACUUUGUAUCGUCAAUGGAUUGCCUUUUUCGGCUUCGAGUAGUGCAGAAACGUCACGUGGCAGCAGCGAAUAUGAUUAUUCGUACAUUACAAACAUCAGUGCUCAUAAGCCAAUUUCCUCUUUUGUCACAAAUUUGGAUGAAAAAUUGAGUACAACUGUGUUGCCGUCGAGUUGCAUCACUGCUGUCGUCAUUGACGAGGAGCCAAGCGAAGGUUACGAGUCAAAUAACGAAAAUUCGUGCGGCGAUGAGGUCGAUGGAGCUUCCGUGAAGGACGAAGACGAAGAACCCGUGUACCAACUCGAGACUCGCCCGUAUUUCAGUUCAAGGGGAUUCCUCGAGUACUUUGUAAAAAUCUUCAAAUCACAAAUUGGACCGGAACUGGGAUACGAAAAAUCCGUUCUCGAUCAAGCCACGUUCCGUGGAGCGACAAUUUACCUCCCUUGCGGCACGAGAUCGUAUGAAAUCACGCCCGCCAUUCCGUGUCCGUGGCCUAAUGAAGCUCACGAAUGGGACAAACGCAUCCGCGAAGCGAUCGAGGAUCCACGCACCAAAAAAAGCUACCAAUGGCCGACGCAAAUCAUGAUAAAUCGCGUCAUCGAAAUGGGCUGCCACGUAAUUCCGGUGGGUUUUGCACCGAAACACGGCAAAAAUUCGGAUCGCGAGAUCGAGUGGAAGGUAAUUUUCCCGCUGGCUGAACGGUAUCUCGAACAAAACUUCAACGCAGCUCAGGCGAAAAUUUACAUGAUCCUCAAGACGAUUUUCCGGGCAUUUGUCGACCCCUACUUCGAAAAUGGCAAAAAUAUGUUCACGAAAGAGCAUUUGAAGAGUUUCAUGUUUUGGCAGUGCGAGGAAAAUCCGAUGGCGUGGACCGAGGAUUUCUUAGGCGAAAAGCUGUUGAAAGUUUUGGCUUCGUUAUUGCAUCGGAUUCAGACGAAAUUGCUUCCGGACUAUUUUCUGCCAAAGAGAAAUUUGUUCCAAAAUAUUCCCGAGAAGAAUUUGAUUCAGAUUCAAACGCGGCUUUCGUGGAUUUGCGAGAGACCGAUGAAUUAUUUGCUGAUCGCGUUGCGCGACUUGAAAUUUGUGAAGCAAUUUUAUCCGAAACUCAGAGCGAUGAAGAUCUAUAACGUUCUGGUCAUCAGAGAGCCACUUAAAGAGCUGAAUCCCGUGUUUAAUGAGCCAGCUUUUAACACCCCAGAAGAGGCAAGUGAGAUAAAAAGUGCAGAAGUGGGUCAGAAACCAGCAUCGAGGAGACCUAGUGAAGCUGUGGGAAGCAUGGCAGACAUUGAGGCACGCACUCAAGCCUUGAAUCGGAUGAAACCCUCGAAAAAUGCGGUGAGACGACCACGGACGUCACCAAAUGUGAUCCAGAGGAAAAAGGCAGAAUGUCCCCAGCCGGUGCCACAAGAGCCAAUCGAUUUAAAGGUAAAUCUCUGUCGUCGUUUAGAACCUGCCCGUCUCCGACUUCUUUUCGACGUGUACAUUCCUCACUUCAUCGAACUAUCGCAAUACGCCCUCCAAGUGGAAAGUGCCACUCACGUUGCUCAAAUGGCAAUUCGACAAGCGGAACGUCUCUCUCACAUCUUGUACGAACAAGACGACAAAGGCCAGAAAUAUUUGGACCAAAUCAAGCAAGUGAAGCAAUUCAUCAGUCUUCAAGUGAAGCGAAUCAAGCUGGAAGGUCCCAGCAAGCCACGUCGCGCAAGUCUAACGGGAAAUCGUCCUCGAGGUCUUUUUUCACGCGGUUCUAGCUUGAUCGAAGACCCUUACGUGAACUUGUCAAAAGUCAUGAACGAAACGACGAUCAAAGAGGAGCCGCCGAGCAAUGACGAGACAAAAAACAAUAAAAGCGGAAAAUUAACGAUCGCCGCACAAGUCCACGUAGAAAAAAACAUAACUGCCGAAGAAAUCGUCCAAAACGCAUAUCGACGUCACGGAAUGACGCAACCGAAAGUCGUGAGAACGUGAAAAAGGGACGAAAAUUAGACAUGAACCGUAAUAGUAUUAUUUUAGGAUAA